AUGCGUGAUUUUAUACGAUCCGAAGAGGCCUAUGUGGCUAGCGUGCAGAGAACUCAUGAAGAGCUUUUGCUGCCCAUUAGAGCGGCAGGCAUUCUGUCGCCUGAGGAUUACUCCGUUUUGUCGUGCUACAUCGAGGAUAUAGCUGCCCUACAAAGGCUUACACUCUACCGUCUCAAGGAUGCCUUAAACCUGGAUGUUUCUCAACAAAGAAUUGGUGGUAUUUUGAUAUCUUGCGCCGCAGAACUUCGACGAUUACUAGUGGCCUAUUGUGAAAAUCAUCCCAAAGCAGUGGAAGUGAUGAACGAGAAGAUGGAUGCGGUAAGGAGUGUACUACUCGAGCAUGGUAGGGAUGUCCCUAGCCUGAUUGCUGGUCUUAGUGAACCAUUUCGACAUCUCGAUAAGUAUCCAACAGUGCUACAAGAACUGGAACGCAAUAUGCCUGAAGGCCAUAUUGAUCGUGGGGAUGUUCAGCGUUCGUGCGCUGUGUUCAAGGAGAUGAAGGCCUUGUGUGAAGCGGUCCGAAAGCAGAAAGAGCUGCAGCUCGAGCUUCUCUACACUGGUUUAGUGGAGGGGUGGGCUUCGUUCGAGCAACGGGGUCGUAUUCUCUAUGUUAGUGUGGUUCCACUAACAUAUGAUGGCGUUUGUGACGAUAGAUGUCUUGCAUUAUUCUCAAAAAUGUUAAUGGUUCUCGAAAUUACACUGGACAUCAAUUCAUACAGAUUACUGCGAAAAGUCUCUACGCAUAACUUGAGAGUUCGUUGCUCCGAGAACAGGGGUGGUCUGAUUGUUGGAGAUAUGGAGCUUUCUAUUUCAUCUACCUUUGAUUUGGAACGAUGGCUUGAAGCGUUCGCGAGACGUGAGGGCAUAGUGAUCGAAGACUGCUCAAUACUAACGCCACCUGCAGUACCGCAAUCGUAUGCAGUUAGUAAUAUGCAUAUGCUGUCUCCUUCCCGCAAAGCAGAUAUAUCAGAGAUGCCCUUAGCUGAGCGAGCCGUCGUUGGCCGAAAAGCUUCUAUUGGAAACAAUGACCUUCGACUGAAUCACGAAUUGGAAAUGAUUUUGCCUGACGAUGCCGAAGAGCAGGACCUCAAUUCUUCCAAUCACCGAUCUCUUAAUGAUACCGGUAAGAAGAUGUGCUUCCGUGUAGUACCUCCUCAUCGUCAUGUAUUGACGGGCCCAGCAACGUCAAAGAAGAAUGUCAAAAUGCGAAAGGAGGUAAAUGUUGGGGAGCAACACGAUGCGCAGUUGUUACGUAUUAUUGAAGCGUACUGCAGCGGAGCUGCGAGGGCUGCUCCUCUCAUCUCAGACUGUCGACCACCACAGUUGAUAGUAGCUGAAGAUGAAAAGAUUCUAUUCCGUAUUGUGCAGUGUUGUAGGAGCCUGGUGGAUACGGUGUAUGCGUUAAAGGACCAAGUGGCUGGUCUACGCCAGGAACUUGCGUCUAUGAAUCGUGCCCUUGACCGAGAACAGCGAGCUCGUCGACGUUUGGAAGAGCUGGUUCGCCGCGGGAGCAUGAACGCUUCAUCACCGGUGUCCACUCCUAGACCUACCGUAGAGAUGAGUAUAUCCCAGUAA